GAGUCUAUCGCUUUCACCUUUAAAGCAGCUGCCCAGCUGCUCCUCUCCGAUCAGUCGUUUUCACUCAUCAAAAGGUCUCUGCCCUCGGGCUCGAGGCCGUAUAAAGGCAGAGGGACGCCGUGCCCCCUUUCCCUUUCUAACUUUGUCUAAAGUCUACAGGCCACCGCGUAUUAUCAUGCCUCCAGAUAUCAGCGGGAAAUGGAUUCUGGAAACCAAUGACAGAUUGGAGGAUUACAUGAAAGCGCUAAAUAUUGACUUUGCCACGAGGAAAAUUGCCCUCGCCUUGUCACAGACCAAACUGAUCACCCAAGACGGAGACAAGUUUACCAUCAAAACCUGCAGCACCUUUAGGAAUUAUGAGAUUUCCUUCACAGUUGGGGUGGAAUUUGAUGAGCAUACUGUGGGAUUAGACAACAGACAUGUCAAGAGUUUGAUAAAGUGGGAGGGGGACGAGCUGGUGUGCACUCAGACGGGACAGAAAGCCAAUCGUGGCUGGAAACACUGGAUCCAAGAGGAAAAACUCUACCUGGAGCUGACUUGUGAAGAUGCAGUGUGUCUUCAGGUGUUCAAGAAAAAAGAAUAAGAAACACUGCAAUGUAUUUAAAGUGUGUUUUAGUGGUUUAUGCUUGAGUUUGUUUUAGCAAUUAAAUGCAUUUAAAAAAAUAAACUUAUGUAAAACAAAUUA